CUAAAUCUCUACUCUAGCCUCAGCUUUUCACACUCCAUAUUAUUCAUGGUGCGUAACGUAGCGUAGUAAUGAGUAUUAUAUACUGUGUCUACCUCCACUUUGGUAAAACCAUUCCUGACUCACAAUACAAUUUGGACUUAAGCUAAUCUUAACAAGAGACUCUCACAAAGACCUGGGAGUGACCAUCCAAAAUAGUCUCUCCUGGGACAAACAUUAUCAACAACCUAUGUUCGAAGGCCUACAGCUGUUUGUACCUCAAACACUCAAUGCUCUCAUGAUCUCCACAAAAAGAAUGAAUUCUAUUCUAUUUCUAUGCAAUGUUUGAGUAUGGCAAAAGAACUGGGUGCACAGCCUAACAGGAGGAACAACGUUAUCACAACUCUUUCUGGACCCAAGUACAAGAAAACGUUUGACAUGGGGAAAGAUGUGUCUGUACAAGGAGAUUCUACAAUACUACUGUUUCUUGCUGGACCCAAGUUACAAGGCUAACACGUAAUUAUUAUGUAGGCCAACAAUCCUUGGCAAGUAAGCUGCUCUGGCCUGUAAUUAAUGUUGUAAGCCAAUAAGCUGUAAAUGGGAUACAAGGCUUCUAAGUCUGUGACCCCUGCACUGAGGCGUUUUGCGUUUGCAGAGUGUAUAGCUCUUGUGCCCAUGCACAGCAUUUUACGUAAAGUUGGUAAAGGGUGUGAGUACAAAAAACAAAUAAUGCAAUGUUAUAGCGGUAAAGUACAUAAUUCGGUAUAGAGCUUAGGGGACAGGCACGCCCAUCUAUAUAGAGCUAGAGAGUAUAAAAACGUUGAGAAGGUCCCUAUUUAUUUAUGAGCUAUUAUCAAUAUUAUAAACAUGGAUGAGUUAGAGGGAGCCAAGGAAAGCAUCUCAUUCUAUGUGAAUGGAGGAAAGGUGAUUGUGGAGAGUCCGGACCCGGAGACUACUCUACUGUACUUCCUAAGGACUCAGCUUCGCCUAACAGGUACUAAGCUUGGGUGUGGAGAGGGUGGUUGUGGUGCCUGUACAGUAAUGCUAUCCUGGUGUCAGGGGGGCCUGGUUACACAUGCUGCUGUCAACGCUUGUCUUGCCCCUCUCUGUUCUGUGGAUGGGAUGGCAGUCACUACGGUGGAGGGGAUAGGUAGUUCCCGCGGUAUCCUUCAUCCUAUCCAGGAGCGUAUAGCGCGUGCCCACGGGUCACAGUGUGGUUUUUGCACCCCCGGGUUUGUCAUGUCCAUGUACACUCUCCUCAGGAACACCCAUGCCCCCUCAGAGAAGCAGAUUGAGGGAGCAUUCAAAGGCAAUCUGUGCAGGUGUACUGGAUACAGGCCCAUCCUAGAGGGAUUCAAGACCUUCUCACAGACUGGCUGCUGUGGAGGUGCUACCAAAUGCUGUAUGGAUGUCAAAGGCACUGAUGGAAUCAAGACGAUCAAAGGUCCUUCUGUCCUCUUUGAUGCCUCCAAGUUCCGACCCCUUGACCCUACCCAGGAGCCCACUUUUCCCCCGGCACUUAGGGCGGAGCCUCUCAUCCCAUUGGCUAUCAAAGGGCCGAGGGUAUCAUGGUAUCGACCUCUGACCUUGGACCAGUUGCUAGUGUUGAGAGCAAAGUUCCCUCAGAGCAAGUUGGUCAUUGGAAACACUGAGAUAGGUGUGGAGGUUAAGUAUAAGGGAGCCUUCUACGAUACCCUCAUCAGCUGCUCUCGAGUACCUGAGCUCAACAAGAUGACGGUCACUGAUGAGGGACUAACAGUGGGAGCAUCUGUAACACUCAGCCGACUAGAGAAGCAACUCAAGCAUCAAGUGGAGUCUCUGCCAGAGUACAAGACGAGGACCUUCUCUGCUCUCCUGGAGAUGCUGCGAUGGUUUGCAGGACAACAGAUCAGGAAUGUGUCGGGUAUAGGGGGAAACAUAUGCAAUGCUAGUCCAAUCUCAGACCUCAAUCCAACUCUGCUAGCAGCUGGAGUGAAGCUCACUAUAGCAACCAAAGGUAUGCAAGCUAUUGAUGCUUCUAUAUUGUACAGUUACAUUGUUUGUAUAUACUAUUUGUCAGUAGUAGCUCCUUUGACCACUACAGAUGCUAACAGGGUGAUUGUGAUUUACCCCAGCUUCUUCACUGGCUACAAGAAAACAGCCAUUAAGCCAGGGGAAAUACUACUAUCAAUCCUCAUCCCCUAUACCAAAGAGUAUGAGUUUGUGUUGAGUUACAAGCAAGCUAGGAGGAGGGAGGAUGACAUUGCCAUCGUCAACGCUGGUCUCAGAGUCGUCUUAGCACCACCAGCAGGUGAUUCUGACUGGACGGUUGAAGACUGUUGCCUUAGUUAUGGAGGUAUGAGUUACAUAACUACGGUGGCCAAGAAGACGCAAGCUUAUCUCAUUGGAAAGCCAUGGUGUGAGUCUACACUAGAGGCAGUGUGUCCACUACUCCUGGAGGAUCUGCCCCUCCCUCCUGAUGUACCCGGGGGCAUGCCAGACUACAGGCGCUCUCUUGUCACCUCCUUCUUUUACAAGUUCUACCUUACCGUUCUCUCUCGUUUGAGGAGUGAGCCCCUGCCCCAGGAUCUCAUUAGUGCCACAAGGGUGUUUGAGAGACCACCAGUGCAAAGUUGUCAAGGGUUUCAGAGUGUUUCAGAUGAGCAGCUACCAGAGGAUAGUGUGGGCCGUCCCAUGAUGCACCUCUCCGCUCUACAGCAGGCGUCCGGGGAGGCAAGAUACAUGGACGACAUCCCCCCCACAGAGGGGGAGCUGUACGCUGGCCUCGUCCUCAGCACACACGCUCACGCUAACAUCACCGUCGACUGGAGUGAAGCCAUAAAGCUGCCAGGGGUCAAAGGAUAUGUGGGUGUGACAGAUAUUCCAGGAAGUAAUGCUACAGGGCCGUGCUUGGACGAGGUGGUGUUUGCCGAUGGCAAGGUGAAUCUGAUUGGUCAAAUAAUUGGACUAAUAGUUGCCGAGAGUCAGCCCCUGGCCCAACGAGCGUCUAAACUAGUCAACGUCACCUACCAAGACCUCUCCUCUGUCAUCUCCAUCGAGGAUGCUAUAGCUGUCGAGUCGUACUAUCCCACAGUGCUUAGGCUGGAAUCAGGUGAUGUAGACUCCGGCUUCUCUGACUCGGACCAGUGUUUGGAGGGAAUGGUGCGUGUGGGCGGGCAAGACCACUUCUACCUAGAGACCCAGGGCUGUCGUGUUGUACCCAAGGGAGAGAAUGGAGAGAUGGAGAUUGUAUCCUCUACACAAGGAGUGGAAGCCACACAGAGGUGCGCUGCUAGGGCUUUGGACGUACCCUAUAAUCGGAUUGUUGCCAAGGUAAAGCGUAUUGGAGGUGGCUUCGGAGGUAAAGAGACACGAUCCUGUUAUCUAUCAACCGCUGUUACCGUGGCAGCUAACAAAUACCAAGUUCCAGUGAGGAUCAUGUUGGAUCGGAAUGAAGACAUGAUCUCGUCGGGUGGCAGACAUCCAUUCCUGGCUAAGUACAAGGUUGGGUUCACCUCUACCGGGAGAUUUACCUCUAUUGACUUCCAGUUUUACUCCAACGCUGGCUACGGACAAGACCUCUCAAUCGCAGUUUUGGAAAAAAUUCUAACUCACUGUGACAACGCGUACAAUAUUCCUAACUUCCGAGCGGUUGCUAGGGCUUGUCGUACGCACAUUGCUCCCAACACAGCGUUCCGUGGCUUUGGAGGGCCUCAGGGGAUGAUUAUAAUGGAGCAAGUAGUAUCUCAUGUGGCGAGCGUACUGAGCAUACCCAGUGAAGCUGUGAGAGAGCUGAACAUGUAUCGUGAUGGUGACCUCACGCCCUGGGGGCAAGUACAGGCACAGUGCUCUGUGAGGAGAUGUUGGGAUCAACUCAAGCCCGUGUUUGAAGAGAGGAAGAGUGCAGCUGUAGAAUUCAACAAAACAAACCGCUGGUGUAAAAGGGGCGUGUCACUGGUGCCCACUAAGUUCGGGAUAUCGUUUGGUGUCACGUUCAUGAGUCAGGGUGGUGCUCUCCUGCACGUGUACACUGACGGCUCUGUCCUCCUCACUCACGGAGGGAUGGAGAUGGGACAAGGGCUACACACCAAGAUGGUGCAGGUGUGUGCUCGUUGCCUUGGUGUUCCCCCUGAGGCCGUGUUCAUCUCAGAGACCUCCACUGAUACGGUCCCCAACUCCAUCCCCACAGCUGCCUCCAUGUCCACUGACCUGUAUGGCAUGGCCGUAAAGGAUUGCUGUGAUCAGAUUAUGGCCCGCCUCAAGCCUGUGAUGGAUGAAGACCCAGAGGGGGGGUGGGCAAGGUGGAUACAGAGUGCAUACCAUCGUCGUAUCAACCUCUCUGUACAAGGUUUCUACGCUACCCCAGGGCUUGACUUUGACUGGGAGAAAGGGCGUGGUAAUAUGUUCGCUUACUUCUCGUAUGGAGCAGCUGUAGCGGAGGUGGAGGUGGACACUCUGACUGGAGACUUCACCGUGUUGAGGACUGACAUUGUCAUGGACGUAGGAGAUAGCAUCAACCCUGCCAUCGAUAUUGGGCAGGUGGAGGGUGCGUUUACACAGGGCCUUGGUCUGGUGACCCUGGAGCAGUGUGUGUAUCUGGAGGGGAACCAGAGGACCCAGCGAGGGACCACCUUCACUACUGGACCGGGUACCUACAAGAUUCCCUCUGUGUCUGAUGUGCCUGUGGUGUUCAAUGUUAGUCUGUUAGACAGGACGCCCAACCCCCGGGCUAUCUUCUCAUCCAAGGCUGUUGGUGAGCCUCCACUGUUCCUGGCAGCCAGUGUGUUGUUCGCCCUGAGGGAGGCCAUCACUGCUGCACGAGCUGAGAGUGGAGUGAGUGGCUACUAUCGACUGGACAGCCCCGCCACCUGCGAGAGGAUACGCAUGGCCUGUCAGGACAAGUUCACUCAGCAGGUGUGUGUUGUUGUGGACCCUAGUGCAAAAAGCUGGACUGUUGAAGCAUAGACGUUGACUCUAGACCUAUUUUAGAGUUUCAUGCAUGUUAAAUAAUUAUUACAUAUCUCGCGAGCAGCCCGACGUCAGAGAGAUAGAAGGACGUCUAGUAGAGGUCACUUUCACAUGAUGUGACAUGAUAUCAUUGUUACCUAUCAA